AUGCGAAGAGCUGAGUUCACAUUCGGCUCUGAUGAAGAAAUGAGAGGCCAGUCCGUGGGAACCAGUAACAACAGAGCCACCCACCACAAGACCCCCCUGCUUCAGGGUCUCCGCCCCGGCACCGUCAUGAGAAUUCGAGGUGUCGUCCCUGAACAGGCUGGCAGGUUCCACGUAAACCUGCUGUGCAGCGAGGAGCAGGGGGCCGACGCCGCCCUGCACUUUAACCCGAGGCUCGACACAUCCGAGGUCGUCUUCAACACCAAACAGCAAGGCAAAUGGGGCCGCGAGGAGCGGGGCUCGGGCAUCCCCUUCCAACGCGGGCAGCCCUUUGAAGUGCUCCUCAUAACCACAGACGAAGGCUUCAAGGCAGUGGUCGGGGACGAAGAGUACCUCCACUUCAAUCACCGGAUGCCACCCGCGAGCGUGCGCUUGGUGGAGGUGGGCGGAGACGUGCAACUGCAUUCUGUGAAUGUCUUCUGA